GAGGAGGAGGAGGAGGGGCAGGAGGGUUUGGUUGAGCUGCGGCUGUUUGUCUGUUCGACACAGGCUUGGGCCCGACGGGGGAGACGGAGCCCCAGCUUUCCUAGCCUCUUGGGAGGUAGAGAAGGUCGUUCAGUUUAUUCUUUUCAUCAAAUAUUUAUUGCUUGAAGACUUAACCCCUACACCAUCCUCUGGAGACUCCUGCAUGUGUUUAGAAGGACUGUUGAAGCCUGGAAGUCCCCUCCCCUCCCCCCUUCCCCCUUUGCCGCUUUGUGGCAUCCCCUUCCCUCCACCCUUUCCCACUCUUAUAAUCUAGCCAUGACUAGCAGAAGCACAGCCAGGCCCAAUGGGCAGCCCCAGGCCAGCAAAAUAUGCCAGUUCAAAUUGGUCCUGCUGGGUGAAUCUGCAGUGGGGAAAUCUAGCCUGGUAUUACGUUUUGUCAAAGGGCAGUUCCAUGAAUACCAGGAGAGCACCAUUGGAGCGGCCUUCCUCACCCAGUCUGUUUGCCUAGAUGACACAACAGUCAAGUUUGAGAUCUGGGAUACAGCUGGGCAGGAGCGAUACCAUAGUUUGGCGCCCAUGUACUACAGAGGUGCCCAAGCUGCAAUUGUGGUUUAUGACAUUACUAAUCAGGAAACCUUCGCCCGAGCGAAGACAUGGGUAAAGGAACUACAGCGACAGGCCAGUCCUAGCAUUGUUAUUGCCUUGGCGGGGAACAAAGCUGACCUGGCCAACAAGCGAAUGGUGGAGUAUGAAGAGGCCCAGGCGUAUGCAGAUGACAACAGCUUAUUGUUUAUGGAGACUUCAGCCAAGACAGCUAUGAACGUGAACGAUCUCUUCCUGGCAAUAGCUAAGAAGUUGCCAAAGAGUGAACCCCAGAAUCUGGGGGGUGCAGCGGGCCGAAGCCGAGGUGUGGAUCUCCACGAGCAGUCCCAGCAGAACAAGAGCCAGUGUUGUAGCAACUGAGGGGGUGGCUAGCAGCAAACAAGUAUGGAGCUAGCACGAGAGCUAAGAAAUAACCUCCUUCCCUACCCCUCAGCACACAGCCCCUACGGUAACAGCACACUGAGCCCUGGCUCCCAAGGGCUGCCUCCUGACAGCUCCGUCAUGGCACUUUUUAACGCUUCAGCAACCAACACCAGGCAGCUGUUGCCACUGGCCUCCUACCCCUACUCUGGGGCUUGAGGGUCACAUCCCCCAGGACUUACCUUCCAAAACAAACUUUCUUCACUUUGUAUUAUAGGUGCAAGACAGUGACCUACUUAUCUUUCCUCCUCCCCAUUUUUUCAGAAAGCAUUUUUUUUUUUUUGUCUUCAGCCCUUCCCCUUCUGCUUUUGGUCAAUCCCUGUUCUUGAUCUCCUUUUUCCUCCUCUCCCCAGGAUGGAGAAAGUGGUGAACCCAGGAACUGAGGAAGGAGGUUUCCAGUUCAGUCCCAAUAAGGGCCCUGGGGAAGAGUAAGGCUCAGAGCAGGAGAGAGUAAGGAAACAUUUCCUUUUUGGUUUUCUCAUAUUUAAAAACACUGCAGUAUCCAUGAGUUGGUCUUGUGGAGGGUGUUUCUAGGUGGAGUGAGAAUGGGAAGGCAAAAGCUCUCAGGCACCAAGUGGGAGUCAUGUUGUUAGCUAACUGGGCGGAGGAGGAGGUGGAAGAGGAAAGCAGUGUCUUCUGUGGCCCUGGAACCCUUCCAAGGCCUAGCUUCCCUCACUCAGCCUCUCUCGGUAGCUUCCCCGCCCCCGUAUGGGGGAGACUCCAGACCCCAGAAUCCUCCAGAGAGUCUUCACUGGUUGCCUGCAUCUUUGGCUGUGCUGUGAUCUAAUUGGAGGAGGGACCAGUUUCUUAUACCCAUCCUCUGAUUUAUACACAUGCAUUUUUUUUUUCUCUCUGGCCUUUGGAUGGCCUCAGCCCCAGCCACUAUUUCCCCCUGCAGUUUGCACUUUAAUUGAUGGUAGUUCAGUUGGGAUACUUGUUUUAUGGGGGUUUUGAUUGAUUUACCUGCCCUCUCACCUUUAUAAUUAAAUGGAAUCCAAGGUGUAUAUGAGGUUUUGGGAGAGACUGUAGAAAACUACCAGUGGCAGCUACUCAAGCCCAAUCUCCACUGCUAGCUUCAUCCAACUCUGAUUCUUAACCUAUAUUCUUGCCAAUCUAGCUCUGGGUAUAGGUUUGCCUUUCCUGCGAAAUUAACUGAAGCAACUGGAGAGCAGUCUCAGCAACAGGUCAUGGUAGGGGGUGAAGAGGAGUCAGGCAAAAGGGAGGAGUUUUCUCUCCUUUCCCAGAGUUCAUGUUCAAUGUGAUCCACCCAUUACCAUGUCUUUUCUACUUCCCUGUAAAUAGGUAAGAUCUUUAUUCCCACUGUACAGUCUGUUCUGUCCCCCACCUCCCAUCAGGCCCUAUUUCUUUUCUCCUUUGUUAGUAUCUUUAGUUUAGUCCCUCCAUACUUGUCCCUGUAUCAAUCCCCCAUGCAACCAGUGGUUUAACCCACAUACCACUAGGGGCUAGCACCACAGAGACCUACUUGUGGCCCCCUCAUAUCAUAAUACCUGUUCCUGUGGACAGAGAACAAACUGGCACUGAAGGUCCCUCACAACUGUCUCAUAUCAUCAGAGGCCAUUGGUCCUUUCUAAAUCUCUAGCCUCUCUUCACAUCCCUCAUCAGGUAUUUUAGGAUGUCUUUGGGAAGCCAUCAAGGCAAGAGAGAACUCUAAACUCCUUGUUCUAGCCUAGGGUUUUGGGAAAAUUAGUGAAAGUAAGAUAGGAAAGGCCUCAGUGACCUAGGAUUGGAACCUUUCUGCCCUUUUGGCUUGUAGACUUUUUUCUGUCCCAGAGGAGCUGAGAAAUCCAUGAAGCUGAGAUUCUGAAGGACCCAGUUUAGGUUUUUCCACUUAGGCCUCAAUUCCCUUCCUUUCCCAGGGGCAGCCUUAGUUCCCAUGGCCCUGAAACACACAGUUUCCCUUUCCUUUUCCAGCACCCACUAGCCCCCAACAGCACCCAGUGUGUCCUUACAAGUGGAAGAACUAGGAUGGCUCUCUUAAGUCUCUUAGAAAUGAAGUUCUUUCUCUGUGCAGCUUUCCCUGUGGAGUAGGAGUGAGGAUGUUUCAUUGCCUUGGGGCUGGGAAACCAUUUCUCCAGGCUUCUUCUCCCCUCUCCUGCCCCUUAGGAAUAGGAAUGGCCUUAGCUUCUGGGCCUUUCUGCUGCCUUCCUUCUACUGCCUACCAGCUCUUUUGCUUUCCUUUGAGCUUGGGGAUCUAAGUUUUUAUUUCCUAGCUCCUCAUGUUUUUUUCUUCUGAUCAGUUUUUUUUUGGGAGGGGGGAGAGGUCCCUCUUUUUUUUCUUCUAAGAAAGCAUUUGCCUUUUUUCCCCUUUCUUCCUCUUCCAACAUAACAAUCGUGGUAACAGAAUGCGACUGCUGAUUUACCAAUAUAUUUAAUGUAAGUAAAAAA